ACGAACCUUUUUAACCACCUCAAGAGAAAGCACCCGAAAGAAUAUGCGGAGAGUCAAAUUUUAAAAGGACCCCACGCGAGUACAUCACCAGGUACAACCAAGCAACCAGAAACGACAAGGCUUAAACAAACAACUCUAACGAAAGAAACAUAUCACAAAGGAACUCCGUAUGAGAGAACGAGCAAGCGCUGGAAAGACGUAACUGAUGCCGUGACAUUUUACCUGACCAAAGACAUGAUUCCUAUAAAGACUGUGGAAAAUGAGGGCUUUAAAAGAUUGUUCAAAGUCGUAGAUCCACGUUACGAAAUACCCAGCCGCAAAUAUUUUUCCUCCACUGCCAUUCCACAGCUUUAUUCAGAGUGCCGCAGCAAGAUUCAAAAUAAAAUUCAAAACGUAAAGUUUUUCGCUACAACGGCUGAUUUAUGGUCUAGCCGUACGUCAGAGCCGUAUUUAAGUCUGACGAUUCACUUUAUUCAUGAGUGGAAGUUGUACAGUGCGUGUCUAGAAACAACAUAUUUUCCACAAGACCACACAGGCGAGGUCAUAGCGCAAGGUCUUAGGGAUGCGCUUGAAUGUUGGGGACUGAAAGAAGCAAACAUGACCUGUAUGACGACAGAUAGUGGGGCCAACAUGGUGAAGGCAUUGGAGCUCAACAGCUGGACUCGUCUGCAGUGUUUUGGGCACAGACUCCACCUAGCCAUCGAAAAAAGUGCCAAAGACCCUCGUGUUGAACGUGCAACAUCUGUCUGCAAGAAAGUUGUCAGCACAUUCUCCUUCAGCUGGAAGAAAAACAGGGAACUAAGUAAUGCUCAAGCUGAGCUAAAGCUACCUCAACAGAAGCUCAUCACUGAGUCCCCAACACGAUGGGGUUCAAGGCUCAGCAUGAUUGAGCGAGUGCUUGAUCAGGAAAAGGCGAUUUCUCAGGUCCUGAAGGCAGACAAGAAGGCAAGGCAUUUGGUCCCAUCAUGGCAAGAUGUUGACGUGAUGGAGUCUGUGAAAAAGGCACUGAGUCCACUGAGAGACUUUACAGAUGCACUCUCAGGUGAGGACUAUGUGAGUGUAUCUUAUGUCAAGCCAGUGCUUCACAUGUUGAAAGGCAACAUUUUGAGCCUAAAUGAUGAAGACACUGAACUAACAAAAACAAUGAAGACAACCAUUCUGAAUUACCUCACUGACAAAUAUCAGGACCCCACCACUGAUGACCUGCUGGAUAUGGCUUCGCUUUUCGAUCCCAGAUUCAAAACACAAUUCAUUGCCAAAGAUAAGGUAGAGGGAAUACAAACCAGAGCUGUGGCUGAGCUGGAGUCUUUGAUGACCAUUCACAUACAGUAUCCAAAAUCAGAUCAGCAGCCUACAUCUAGUACCUCAGCCUCCACAUCACAAAUCCUUGAUGAGGAUCAGACACCACCCAAGAAAGCAAAGAAAACACUUUCCAGCUUUUUAAAAGCCUUAGGUGUUGCAAGUGCAUCUGCAACCACAUCAGUUUCCUCAUCUGUGAAAGAGGCAAUAGAAGGAGAAUUGAAGGGAUACUUGUCCACGCCAAAUGCAGAAAGUGAGGUGGAUCCGCUGGAAUGGUGGAAAGUCCAUGAGGCAAACUUUCCAAGAAUUAGCCAGCUUGCUAGAAAGUAUCUCUGCAUUCCAGCCACAAGUGCUCCCUCAGAAAGGGCUUUCAGUACUGGUGGCAAUAUCGUCACCUGCCAAAGGGCGUCUCUUAAGCCUGAGAAAGUGAAUCAACUGGUCUUCCUUUCUAAGAAUUUGUGAUUGUGAUUUGUCAUACUUUGUCAUCUUUAGAAAUGUAUAUGUUCCAAAGCUGCUAAGUUUACAAGACUCAGGAAUGAGGUCAGGAAAUAUUUUUGUAUCUUUAU